AUGACCCCUAUCCCCCUAGUCCGGACCGUCAGAUGCCCACACGAUUCCACCAUUUCGUACCGAUUCCCAUUGUCGUCUGGGAGUCCGUCCCCUCCCCCCAUCGUACCAUCGUCGCCCGAUCUGGCGCAUCAAAACCCACCCGGGCCCUCCAACCCCUACCUCGCCCUCCCACCGCCUGAAGACAAGAUCCCCGACCUCGACGAACUGCCCUCCGAACAACCACCCUCGCCCCCACCUCACACGCCUGCUCCUACCAUGUCAGGGCAUCACCGCAUCACCCUCGCCGCCAACCCCCCGUACUUCAAUGGCAACAAGUCCAAGUACCUGGGCUUUGUGGACGCGUGCACCACUUACAUUGGUGCCUAUCGAUCGGAGUUCUCACUGGAUGAAACAAAAAUCCUCUUCGUUCUCUCCUACCUCCGUAAUGAGACCGGCACAAGCUGCGCCGCCUCGAGAUGGGCAAUGAACUGGAAGCAGCCCAACUUUGAGGGCUUCCAAGGACUAAAGACGAGAGUCACCACGAAGAACUUCCUGGAGGAGCUUCAGAGGGCCUUUGGAGACUCCAACGCGGAACAAGUUGCCGCUGCUCGACUCAUGGCUCUGCGCCAGAAUAGGUGA